UCAGUGCGCGAGUCAAGCACGUCACGCUUCAUCUUUGUAUUGUUAUGUCUGUGAUAUAACCUAAAUAUUCUAUAUAAAAUAAAAAACAAUUCACAAAAAUCGCUUUGCAGUUGAAGAGCAUGUUAAUAAUGUCACAUAAAAAAAUAUAAAAAGAAAUAUUGUUAAAUAUUGUAAAAGAACAUUGUUUUUACUUGAUAUUUAUCAUUAAAUAUGAUGUCUGCUAAAUUUAUGCUUUGCGUUCAACGUAUACAUUAUAAUGUGGUUAAUAAAUUUCACCAAUCUUGUGUACAAGAGAAUUUUAGAAGAUGGAGAGAAAAUCGUGGAUUGACAGCCAAUCCAAAUGCUUUUGGCCCAUUAACAAACUUACCUGAUUAUACUUUUCAAGAUGGAAAACCCACACCUCUUGGGGUGAGACAACAAACACGAAUGGAUAAGCAGCGCAAAUAUGCUGCAAAAAUUAUCCAAUUAGUAGAAGAAGUGGAUUAUGCUGUUGAAAGACAUGCUAAUUUAUUAGAAGAAAGAAAACAAAAUAGACAACAAAUCCUUGAUAAUAAAUUAAAACCAAAAGGAAAUUUAUUACUUGAAAAAAACAAAAAUAAAAAAUAG